AUGGCGUUCGAGUACGAGAAUGAUCCGGGAUGGCAGUACCUGCGCAUGAGCCGCGAGCAGAUGAUUGCUGAGCAAUCCGCCCCGUACGACUCGAAGAAGAACUGCUGGGUCCCCGAUGAGGAGGAGGGCUUCCAGGCCGCCGAGAUCAUCAAGACCGCCGGAGAGCAGGUCACCGUCGUCACCAAGUCUCAGAAUGAGAUCACCCUGAAGAAGGAGCUCGUCCAGGAGAUGAAUCCUCCAAAGUUUGAAAAAACGGAGGACAUGUCCAAUCUCUCCUUCCUCAACGACGCCUCUGUGCUUCACAACUUGAGGGCCCGCUACAAGAUGAUGCUCAUCUACACCUACUCGGGUCUCUUCUGCGUCGUCAUCAACCCGUACAAGCGCCUCCCCAUCUACACCGAUACGGUGGCCCGUAUGUUCAUGGGCAAACGCCGUACCGAAAUGCCGCCCCAUCUCUUCGCCGUCUCCGACGAGGCUUACCGUAACAUGUUGAUCGACCACGAGAACCAGUCGAUGCUCAUCACCGGAGAAUCCGGCGCCGGCAAGACCGAGAACACCAAGAAGGUUAUUGCCUACUUCGCCGCCGUCGGUGCCAAGCAGAACGAGGCCGAGGGUGUGACCGCUUCUGACGGAACGAAGAAGGUCACCCUCGAGGACCAGAUUGUCCGCACCAACCCCGUCUUGGAGGCGUUCGGUAACGCCAAGACUGUGAGGAACAACAACUCUUCUCGAUUCGGAAAAUUCAUCCGUAUCCACUUCUCCCGAUCCGGCCGUGUCGCUUCUUGCGAUAUUGAGCACUACCUCCUGGAGAAGUCUCGUGUCAUCCGUCAAGCCCCAGGAGAGCGUUGCUACCACAUCUUCUACCAAAUCUUCACCGGCUUCGUCCCUGGCCUUAAGGAGAAGCUGCUGCUUGACAAGCCCAUCAAGGAGUACUGGUUCGUCGCCCAGGCUGAGCUGACGGUCGAUGGAAUCAACGACACCGAGGAGUUCCAGGCUACUGAGGAGUCGUUCGACAUCCUCAACUUCAGCCCGACCGAGAAGUUGGACUGCUACCGCCUGAUGUCCGCCCAUAUGCACAUGGGCAACAUGAAGUUCAAGCAACGCCCGCGUGAGGAGCAGGCCGAACCCGAUCAGACCGACGAGGCCGAGAAGGCAUCCGCCAUGUACGGCGUCGAGACCGAAAAGUUCCUCGGAGCCCUCCUGAAGCCCCGUGUCCGUGUCGGAAACGAGUGGGUCUCCAAGGGCCAGAACGUCGAGCAGGUCAACUGGGCCAAGGGAGCCAUGGCCAAGGCCGUCUACAACAGGGUCUUCAACUGGAUCGUCAAGAAGUGUAACGAGACUCUUGAUCAACAAGGAAUCUCUCGUGACUACUUCAUCGGUGUGCUCGACAUCGCCGGAUUCGAGAUCUUCGACAUGAACUCCUUCGAGCAGUUGUGGAUCAACUUCGUGAACGAGAAGCUGCAGCAAUUCUUCAACCACCACAUGUUCGUCCUCGAGCAGGAGGAGUACGCCAGGGAGGGAAUCGCCUGGACCUUCAUCGAUUUCGGUCUGGAUCUCCAGGCUUGCAUCGAGCUGAUCGAGAAGCCCAUGGGCAUCAUCUCCAUGCUUGAUGAGGAGUGCAUCGUCCCGAAGGCCACCGACACCACUUUGGGCCAGAAGCUGAACGACCAGCACUUGGGCAAGCACCCCAAUUUCGAGAAGCCCAAGCCACCAAAGGGCAAACAGGCCGAGGCCCACUUCGCCAUGAAGCAUUACGCCGGAACUGUGCGUUACAACGUCACCAACUGGCUCGAGAAGAACAAGGACCCGCUGAACGACACCGUCGUCUCCGCCUUCAAGCAGUCCAACGACAACGAGCUGCUGAAGACCAUCUGGGACGACUACGUCACGCAGGAGGAAGCCGCGGAGCUCCAGAAGUCUGGAGGAGCCGCUGGUGGCAAGAAGAAGGGCAAGUCGGGCUCCAUGAUGACCGUGUCUAUGCUCUACCGCGAGUCGCUGAACAACUUGAUGACGAUGUUGCACAAGACCCACCCCCACUUCAUCCGUUGCAUCAUCCCCAACGAAAAGAAGCAGUCGGGAGUGCUUGAUGCCGGCCUCGUGCUCAACCAGCUCACCUGCAACGGUGUGCUUGAGGGUAUCCGUAUCUGCAGGAAGGGCUUCCCCAACAGGAUGCUCCACCCCGACUUCGUCCACCGCUACGCCAUCAUGGCCGCUUCCGAGGCCAAGUCCGACUCGGACCCGAAGAAGUGCGCCGGAGCUGUCAUGCAGCGCAUGAUCAAAGAGGGAUAUGUCACCGAUGAGAACUUCAAGCUCGGAGCCACCAAGGUCUUUUUCAAGGCCGGAAUCCUGGCCCAUCUCGAGGACAUCCGUGACGAGAAGCUCGCACAGAUCUUCACCCUCUUCCAGGCCUUCAUCCGCGCCUACUUGGGCAGCGCCGACAAGAAGCGCCGCGAGCAGCAGAAGGUUGGACUCCUCAUCGUCCAGAGGAACGUCAAGGGAUGGUGCAGCCUGCGCACUUGGGACUGGUUCAAGCUGUACGGCAAGGUCAAGCCGAUGAUCUACGCCUCCAAGUUUGACGAGCAGCUCGAUGCCCUCAACGCUCAAUUGAAGGAGGUCGAGGACAAGCUGAAGCGCGAAUCCGAACUCCGCACCGACUUCGAGCAACAGAACAAGAAGCUCAACGAUGAAAAGAACCAACUGUUCGCCGACCUCGAGAAGGCCAAGAGCAACAUCGCAGAGCACCAAUCGAAGGUCUCUCAGCUCGAGUCGCAGCACAGCAGUGCCGUUCGCGAGCUUGAUGAUGUCAACGACGCUCUGGCCAUAGCCGAGGAGGGCAACUCUGAAGGCCUUCGUGCCAAGAAGAGGGCCGAGGGAGAGCUCGACUCGCUCAAGAAGCAACUGCAAGAUCUGCAGAUGAGCCUCCGCAAAGGCGAAUCUGAGAAGCAAUCCAAGGAGCACCAGAUCCGUUCUCUCCAGGAUGAAAUGCAACAUCAGGAGGAGACGAUCGCUAAGCUCAACAAGGAGAAGAAGCACCACGAAGAACAGAACAGGAAGCUUCUUGAGGACCUUUCCUCCGAGGAGGACAAGGUCAACCACUCCAACAAGGUCAAGUCGAAGCUCGAGCAGACCCUUGAUGAGCUGGAGGAUGCCCUGAACCGCGAGAAGAGGAACAAGGCUGAGGCUGAGAAGGAGAAGAGGAAGACUGAGGGCGAGCUCAAGAUUGCCAACGAAAACAUCGAUGAGGCUCACCGCCAGAAGCUCGACCUCGAGAACAACCUGAAGAAGAGGGAAGGCGAGCUUCACAACAUCAACUCUCGCCUGGAGGACGAACAAUCCCUGGUUGGCAAGCUCCAACGCCAAGUUAAGGAGCACCAGUCUCGCCUUGCCGAGCUCGAGGAGGAGCUCGACAGCGAGCGGGACUCCCGCAACCGCGCCGAGCGCGCCAAGGCAGAACUCCAGAGCGAGCUUGAGGACCUCAACAACCGUCUUGAUGACCAGGGAGGAGCCACCGCCGCUCAGGCCGAGAUCAACAAGAAGCGUGAGGCCGAACUUGCCAAGCUCCGUCGUGACAUCGAGGAGGCCGGCCACCACCACGAGACCCAGUUCUCGGCACUCAAGAAGAAGCACACCGAUGCUGUUGCGGAGCUCUCGGAGCAGAUCGACCAGGUCAACAAGGCCAAGCACCGCGCCGAGAAGGACAAGGUUCAGGCCCAGCGUGACGCUGAAAGCCUGCAGUCCCAGCUCGACCAGGAAUCCUCAACCAAGGUUCAGCACGAGAAGCUGGCCAAGCAGUUCGAAGCCCAGCUCGGAGAGCUGCAGUCCCGUGUCGAUGACCAGGGACGUGAGCUGCACGACUUGAACUCGGUGAAGAACCGACUUGGAGGACAGAACUCCGAUCUUGGCCGCCAACUCGAAGACGUCGAGUCUCAGCUUGCCAACAUCAACCGCGUCAAGUCGCAGAUCCUCGCCCAACUCGACGAGGCCAAGCGUGCUGCUGAUGAUGAGGCUCGUGAGCGUCAAGCUCUUCAAGCCGCUUCUCGCAAUGCCCAGGCUGAAGCUGAACAAGUUCGUUCUCAACUCGAAGAGGAGAUCGAAGCCAAGAAUGACGUCAACCGUCAAUUGUCCAAGGCGAAUGCUGAGAUUCAACAAUGGAAAUCUCGAUUCGAAGGAGAAGGUAUGCUUCGUGCUGAUGAGAUUGAAGAAGCCAAGAGGAAGCAACAACAACGCAUCCAGGAAUUGACCGAUUCCAUUGAAGCUGCCAAUCAAAAGAUUUCCGCUCUCGACAAAUCAAAGGCUCGUAUCGCUGGAGAACUUGAUGAUGCUCAAGUUGAUGCUGAUCGUGCCAAUUCCUAUGCUGCUACUUUGGAGAAGAAGCAACGUGACUUUGAUGAUAUUGUCGGAGAAUGGAAGAGGAAAUCUGAUGACCUUGGAGCUCAGGUCGAUGGAGCUCAACGUGAUGCUCGCAAUGCUCUGGCUGAUCUUCACCGUGCCAAGACUGCCCAAGAUGAACUUGGAGAAGUCAUUGAGGGACUUCGCCGUGAGAACAAGGCUCUCGGAUCGGAGAUCAAGGAUCUGAGCGAUCAACUUGGUGAAGGAGGACGAUCUGUUCAUGAAAUGCAAAAGAUUAUUCGUCGUCUUGAGACUGAAAAAGAAGAACUUCAAAAGGGAUUGGAUGAGGCUGAGAAUGCACUUGAAGCCGAAGAAGCCAAGGUGAUGAGGGCCCAAGUGGAAGUAUCACAGAUUCGUGCCGAGAUCGAGAAGAGAAUCCAGGAGAAGGAGGCCGAAUUCGAGAGCACCAGGAAGAACCAUCAAAAGGCCCUGGAGAGCAUGACUGCUUCCAUCCAGACCGAGUCCAAGUCUAAGAAUGAACUUCUCAAGUCAAAGAAGAAGCUGGAGGGAGAUAUCAACGAAUUGGAGAUUGCUCUUGAUCAUGCCAAUAAGAACAAUGCUGAUACUCAGAAGAAUCUCCGCAAACAUCAAGAACAGAUCCGUGAGCUGCAACUCCAGGUUGAGGAGGAACAGCGACAGAAAGAUGAGGUUCGUGAUCAACUCCAGGGAGCCGAGAAGAGGGCCCAGAUCCUCGAGCAGGACAAGGAUGAACUGAAGCACGCCUUUGGAGAGGUCGACCAUCAGAGACGCCAGGCUGAGACUGAGGCUCAUGAUGCCCGCGAAGCCGCCAACGAGUACCAGCUCCAGGCUUCGACGCUCAGCUCGACCAAGCGCCGCCUCGAGGGAGAGAUCUCUGCUCUGCACUCCGAUUUGGACGAGACGAUGAAGGAGUUCCGUCUGGCUGAGGAGAACAGCAAGCGCGCCAUCGCUGAUGCUACCCGUUUGGCUGAGGAGCUGAAGCAGGAGCAAGACCAUGGUGCCGCCCUCAACCGUGCCCGCCAGGACCUCGAGCAGCGUCUGAAGGAGUUCCAGGUCCGCCUGGACGAGGCCGAGGCUGCCGCGCUCAAGGGAGGCAAGAAGACCAUCGCCAAGCUGGAGCAACGCAUCCGCGAGAUCGAGGCCGAGCUUGACGGCGAGCAGCGCCGCUACCAGAACAUCAUCAAGGAGGUCCAGAAGUCGGAUCGUCGCGUCAAGGAGCUCCAGUUCCAGAUUGACGAGGACAAGAAGAACUUCGACCGCCUCAACGAGCUCGUUGACAAACUCCAGACCAAGAUCAAGACCCAGAAGCGCCAGAUCGAGGACGCUGAGGAACUGGCCAAUGGCAACCUGCAGAAGUUCCGCCAGAUCCAGGCCCAGCUCGAGGACGCCGAGGAGCGCGCCGAUUCGGCUGAGGAUGGUCUGACCCGCCUCAGGUCGAAGUCGCGUGCUGGAACCACGGCCGGCGCCGGCAUCCAGGGAUCCGCCUCUGUGGCCGUGAUGCGCGCCGCCAGCCGCUCCAAAUUC